AUGGUAGCCUGGUCUUAUUCGCUUCGCGGAGAAUCUCGACUAAUAUACAGUCGAUGCCAGGAGAAGUCGCCAUGUCGGCGACAAACCCCAGAGAAAAAGGCGAGAUACGAUGCCGAGCCAGAGACGAGCUUUCCGGGGUCCGAUAGUGAGGGCAACAGAGACUUCAAGAGGAAAAGACUGAGGAAGCGGACGAAAGGAUUGCGAGAACUGAUAAAGAACAAGAUUGAAGUUGCACUCAGAACGUCUCCGUCUCCAUUGAAUCAUUUAUUUAUAUCUCGAGACGAAGCUGGCACUCCUCAAGCGCCCUUUGUGGAAGUCGUCAGAGCGAUUGGUCUGACCAACGAUCAAUGGUUGAAAGUCGUAUCAUUACCUCCCAGAGUGAUUGAAAGCAUAUCGAAUAUAACUGAUAUGUUUGAUAUAGAGAAAAGUCGAGAAAACACUAUGAUGGUAAAGCAUCGACCGACUUCAUGGAGUGUCGAAGAAUGCACCGUUUACCUGGAUAAUCUUCCUCAGGGUUGUACGUCGGAGAAGAUUGACAGAGUUGCCAGGAAGUUUGGAACUGUAGUCGAGAUUCAUCUUCCCAGGUCUUAUCCGAGAUUUAUUCAGUCAUAUUAUGGCGAUGUUGAAGUAGGUAGACGACCGAAAUCUUUCGCAUUUGUGCAGUUCACCGAGCCUGAGGCAUGUCAGCAGAUGUGUGCGGCAUAUUCUCGCAACCUCCCAAAGGAAGGAGCCGAACGAAUGACACAUUCCGUACUCCCUUUGCUGCAGCGCUUGCUCGCGCAAAUACGGAAGUUGUCGCGACAUAGACGUCGUCGUACAUAUGCUCAAAAUAUGUUGUUAAUGAGGUUGAGACGUCAACAAGCAGCCAUUAUCAGGAAGGAACGUACUGCCAAAAAGAGAACACAUAAACUUUCACUAACGGCUGAUACAGGCAAACCACACAAUAAUGAAAAACGAGAAAAUGGGAAGAUCUUUUUAAACAGCCAAUCGCAAAGCACUUCGUCUUUGGAAUCUUGCAAUCACCGACGAAAUAGCUGUAAAAGGAAGAAGAAAGCUGAUGAGCUUUGUGAUGGCACCAUAAAGAAAGCGCCUACGAAAACGAGGAGGAAACAUCGGAAACGGCGAUAUCAUGACGUUUGUCCCCAUUCCAUACAGGGUUCUGUGAGCGACUACUUCGAGAAUUUGCAAGUGCUGACGUUAGCUCGCUAUCGAGAACUCAGACAAGAAUACAUCGCAAUGCGUCGGAAAUCAGAUAAACGCUCCCGUCAGUUUGCAAUGAAGGUGUGGCGUUUCCAGCAGAUCUCGACAGCGUCAGAGCAAUCUAGCCUAAAUCGAAGAAUGGAUAAUUACCGUGACGCAUUUUGGAAGACAGCCGAGGUCGAAGAGUAAUUGGUCACAUUCCAUUAUUCAAAAAAGCUGUAGAAACUUCUGUGCAAUUUCUGAGCCAUGCAUUGUCAACUUUCUCUCACUCAGCGUCCUGUUCUCUUUCACAUCCUGUGACGGGUUGUUGCGAUCUUUUCUCGUUCAUCUCUGUUGCCCGAUAUUAUACGUACAAGCUU